AUGGUGGUGAUGGUGAUUAUGGUGGUGAUCAUGAUGGACGUCGACUGGGUACAGACUGAGAAGCACGUGUUUGAGCAGGCAUCCAGCAGCCCUUUCCUGGUUGGCCUACACUCCUGCUUUCAGACGACAAGUCGGUUGUUCCUGGUGAUAGAGUAUGUCAACGGGGGGGACCUCAUGUUCCACAUGCAGAGACAGAGGAAGCUCCCGGAGGAGCAUGCCAGGUUCUAUGCUGCUGAGAUUUGCAUCGCUCUCAACUUCUUGCACGAGAGAGGGAUUAUUUACCGGGACCUGAAGCUGGACAAUGUCCUCCUCGACGCUGACGGACACAUCAAGCUGACGGACUACGGCAUGUGCAAGGAAGGCCUGGGCCCUGGGGACACAACAAGCACUUUCUGUGGAACCCCGAACUACAUUGCCCCGGAAAUCCUGCGCGGAGAGGAGUACGGGUUCAGCGUGGACUGGUGGGCACUGGGGGUCCUCAUGUUUGAGAUGAUGGCUGGCCGCUCGCCCUUCGACAUCAUCACCGACAACCCCGACAUGAACACAGAGGACCACCUUUUCCAAGUUAUCCUGGAGAAGCCGAUCCGGAUCCCCCGAUUCCUCUCCGUCAAAGCCUCCCAUGUCUUAAAAGGAUUUUUAAACAAGGACCCCAAAGAGAGGCUCGGCUGUCGGCCACAGACUGGAUUUUCAGAUAUCAAGUCUCACGCGUUCUUCCGCAGCAUAGACUGGGACCUGUUGGAGAAGAAGCAGACCCUCCCUCCGUUUCAGCCGCAGAUAACGGACGACUACGGUCUGGACAACUUCGACACGCAGUUCACCAGCGAGCCCGUGCAGCUGACCCCAGACGACGAGGACGUCAUUAAGAGAAUCGACCAGUCUGAGUUCGAAGGCUUCGAGUACAUCAACCCAUUACUGCUGUCCACCGAGGAGUCUGUGUGAGGCGUGUGCAUCCCUG